GUCGACUGUAUCGACACGCCCCUCAUCAGCGGCCUCAUGCCCCCCGCUCCCCCCGGGGGCGCACCUGCCGUACCCGACACCCUGUACGGCAGCGGCCCCCGCAUCGUACUGCUGGGUAGCAGCAGUACACUGUACUGCAGUCGGCUGCUGACGUGGCAGGAGCGGCUGCGCACACUCGCGGACAUCGGGAAGUGGAAGCUUGGGUUGCGGUUCGCGCUGGACUUUUACAAGCUGCACCUCUCCCGCAAUGCCACCACCACCACCACCACAGCUGCCUCCUCCCCUGCUGCUGCCUCCGCCGCCGCCAAUCCCACCACUGCUGGCGGCGGCGGCGGCGGCGGUCGUACGGCUGCGCCACCCGACUCCUCCCCGUACGGCGAGGCGCUCCGCGGCUGGCUGGCCUUCCUGGCAGUGGGCCUUGUGAAGAGCGUGCUUGGGGGCGCGCUGCGGACAGCGGCGGGGCUGGGGAUGAGUCACUUGGAGUUGGACCGCCUGCCUGGCGACACCGUACGGCAGCUUCGUGAGGCCGCCGCCGCUGCCGUACUCGCCUGCCUGGCUGCGGGUCGGGAGCGGCUGCUGAGUGACAGCGUGUUCCCGCUGUGUCGGGAGGCGGGGGCGGCGGGGCCGCUGGUGGAGGCGAUGGAGGUUGCCGUGUUGUCCGGGC